AUGACUGCUUGGCAACUUGCCAUUUUCCUCCUCGUAUUCUUUUCGAGGAAUGGGCAAAUUGGCGGAACAGAAGAAUCAGAGUUCAUUGUCAAAGUUGGGCCCGGAUCGUUGAGGAAGGAAGGAGACUACGUAGAAGGGCUGAAGUACACUCCUGGUCUGGUUGAUCGUCGAUUGAUAUAUUUGGGACGAAUCAAAAAUGCGGCCAGGACGGCGAUCAUCUGCUUCGCAAAUUCGACGGGCAAGGACCGCUUCGACGGUUUCCAGGUUCAAAUCAACGUUAACCGACAAAGCGAGGUCAUUCGGUACUACAGCAGAGGCAAGAACUCACUAGUGAACGGGGGACCAAAGCGAAGAGUGAAUUUUCAAAUUGACCGAGCCUACCUCUUUGCAAUAUUCCUGAAGGACGAGUACGUAAGAGUUUACGUGAACGGGAAUUUGUACUUCGACGACAAGGACGCGGACCCAAUACCCAUCAAGCAAGCAAUGAACUCGCUUAUGGUGCAGGGUUUCGAGAGCGGUGUCGUUUUCCUUGAAAAUACGUACAAUUAG